UGACGUGGUUGGCGUUUAUUUGUCACUGGCUCGUGUGAGCUUGUGUUUGUGGUCUGGAUUGUAGUUGUGCGCGGAGUUCGCGUGCUGUCUUUGUGUAUUUGACGUGGGACUUAGUGUUUUGAAAAGACAAUGAAGUGGUUUAGUAUAUGUGUGUUGUUUUUAAGUAUAUUGGUUGGAGGCUCCUUUGCAGAAUUUUCUGCUGAGGACUGCUGGGCUGUGGGACUAAACAAAGCAAAUUUACUGUGUUCUUCCUGUGAUCAGUUAGCUAGUUAUGAUCUUAAUAUAUUAAAAGAACACUGUUUACAAUGUUGCCAAAGAGAUGAAAAUGCAUUUCCUGUUAGGAGGUAUGCUCAGGCAAGAUUGGAAGUUUGUACUUGCAAGUUUGGUGCUUAUCCACAAAUUCAAGCAUUCAUCAAAAGUGAUCGACCAUCUAAAUUUCCCAACUUGACAAUUAAGUACGUUCGAGGGCUUGAUCCUAUCAUUAAGUUAAUGGACCAAGAGGGCAAUGUUCAAGAUGUUCUGGCUAUAGAUAAAUGGAAUACAGAUUCUGUUGAAGAAUUUUUACGGACUCAUUUAGAAAUGCCAAAUGACUUAAGUGAUGAUGACUACAGACAGAGCAACAUGAUAUAACAUACUGAGGUGCUUAAUUCAUCUACUCUUGAACAUUUGCUAUCGAGCGAUACCAUGUAGUUCAGUUGUGGACUGAGUGUUUGUUUGAGCACUUCACAACACCACUACAGAAAACUCCUUUGCCAGAUACAUUAUCAAUAUGUAUUUAUGAUAUACAUGCUUUUUUUGUAUAUUGUGUAAAUGUAAUUCUGAAGACAUUGUGAUAUAAUGUAUCAAAUUGCCAACACCUUUUGUACACUUAUGUAUUUUUUAGUGUAUACAUAAAGUUCAAUGUAAAUUCUGAAUUUCUAUUUAAUUUCGUAACCUGUACAAAUUUAUAGUGUAUUGCAUCAGUGAAUGCUUUCGGAUAAUGUUAUUUUGUUCAAUUUUGCUUGUUUUUUCUCUCCUUUUAAGGAAUUGCUAUUUCAUUCAAUGAAUAUUUUUUCCAAAAUGUGUAUAGUUUCCACGUUACAGUGAAAUCAUGACAAUAAAAGAAAUAAGCAAACAAGUCUUUUUUUCUUCUUCAAAUUUUAUCUUGAAAUAUUUUUCUCAAAUAUAGCAAAGUUGUUAUUUAUAUGUGCAAUUUUCAUUAAAACAUCUGAAAU